UUAAAUGUAUGUACUAAAGACAUUGGAUAUUAUGAUUUAAUUAACACGUCUAUAAUAUACGUCUUUAACUCAAAAUCUAAUAAUAAUUUUCAAAAGAUUUUAUUAUUUUAACUUUCUAGCCAUCAUUGUUUAAUUUAUCAUUUACGUUUGUUAGUAAAAAACAAUGAUCGUCGAUACAGACCAAUCGGAAUUUGAAUUAUUAGAAUCCCGAAAGCAAUCAAACUUCGAUAACCAAAAAUUUAAAUAAUUUUGAUACAGAAAAUGCAGAAGAAUAUGAAAUCGAGCCGGAAGACCAGGAACCGACCAAAUGGCGUUUUGGAGAAUGGCCGAGACGUGACACACACCGUUAAGCGCACCGUUGGUCCAACAAAUUGAACAAGAUCUGGACUACUACCACCCCGUAAUGGCGUUUAAAGACAUCGAAUGCAAUACAGCUGUAGAACAGAGCAUAACUAUUCGAAACCCUACGAAAAUUCCUUGUCAAGUCAAAACGAAAGCUAGAUAUCACGGCUAUUCCGUGCCGGGCAAAAUAGACAACGCCUAUGGAGAUGGCACGGAAAUUGCAUCGAUAAAACGUUGUUCGAUAUGGAUAGAAAGAGAUGACGAGAUUUUGUACGGGCAGGAUGAAUUCAAAGUGUCCGUAUGGGUGUUAGCCACGACUUGGGGUCGGUAUGAGGACGUGGUGACUAUUGAAUUACACGUAGGACUCGAUAUUCUACCGGCCAUCCACAUACCACUCAUCAUCAAAGCUAUUACGUUCCCUAUAGAAUACCCUUUAGCUAAAGACGUUCACAAACCAACCAUCAACUUCAGCCUCUACUCGAUGGAGUCAGAAAACCGAUUACAAAUAUUGAAUAAUAGUGAAAUUCCGAUCAAAAUAUCUUGGCGCAUAUAUAACGAAAGUAAAGAAAAUAAACCGUUUGGAGUAUUAAUUGACACAUUAACUCCCGACUAUCCAGACCAUUGGUCUUUGAGAAUUACCAGUUACGACGGGUUAGAAAAUCCUCGAUAUUUUAUAGUCAAGCCUAUUAUUUUGAAAUUAGAACCAAAAACACUAGGAUAUGUAACGUUUUCUUUAGAUCGGACGAAAGAACUAACCAUAAACCGAAAUGAAAAAAAUAAUAUAGUAAAUGGAAAAGCGGUUGGAAUAGUGACUGCUCUUGAACCAUCUGGAAAAUAUUGCAUAAGAAGAGACGGAUUUAAAAUGAAAUCCACAGUUGUUAAACUUUACUCGGAAACAAGACAUUCGAUACAACCAAACUUAGUCAUACGAGAGUCGGAUAAUAUUUUCCAAGUCUCAGCAUCGGAAAUGUAUAACUCUCGAUCAGAGAAUUAUACGGUAACUCGGUUGUUUACCAUGUGUAAUGAUUUACGAUAUCCUGAAAACAUUUCGUUCGAAAUCGGUAGUCCGUUCUUCAUAAAGAGUUUGAGAUCACUAAGAUGUGGUAUUCGUGCCGGAAAAGAUCAUAUUCAUUUGUUUCAUAAGGAUUUGGUCGAAAUCGAACUGCAAGCUAUUAUAAAUAUAAAACAAGUUCAUCCGCCAAAAAUGCCUGCUGAAUUAAUAUCACCCAGAAAAUUCGAGAAAACAGGAUACUUAAACGCUGUUUAUGAAAACAGUUAUUUUAAACCUAAGACGGUUGCUACGUUCAAAAUGCACAUAUACUUCCCCGUACUAAAGCUGUCGACGAGCUACAUAAAUUUUGGUCAAGUGGUCGUAGCAGAGACUAAAACCAUAAACGUGAUGUUAUCUUCUUAUCCAGGUCCUGAACGGUUUUUUGCGCGAUCCGCAGACGAAGUGUUCACAGUAUCACCACCAGAUGGUGUUGCAUCGACCAGGCCAACCCCAAUCGCAAUCACGUUUAAACCCAAAGCUGAUGAACUGUACUUUAAAAAGAUUGACAUUUUGACAACAAUACCCAAGGAUGUCAUUUUUGUCGAAGUAUCUGGAUUGGGGAUCAAAUAAUUUCAGUGUAAUACUAGCUUGUGCAGUAUAAUAAAAUAUUUUAUUCUUACUAUUUACACUUUUGUAUUUGACCUAAAAACUUUUAAAUGGAUAUAUCUCUGAAGUUUAACAAACAUAAAAUAUAGGGUAAUGCAGUUUACUAAAGUUUUUUUUUUCAAAUUGUAAGUGCUCGUAGAAAAAAACAUAAUCAAAUCAUACGUCACACGAAUCUUUUAAAAUUCGUUUAAUAUUUUCUUAAUAAAAUGUUCUUAAAUAAAUAAAAAAAUUAAUUUACCAUAAUUAUCAACGUAUUUUGUUUCUAGAUAAUUUUAUCUUGGUUUUUUCGAAAACUAAAAAACUCAUUAAAAAUGCUUUUAAUUAAAAUUAUUCCUAUUGUAUAUUUGUAUUACUUUAUAUCUUUCAAAUCAUACAUUAAAUGCCUCUUAUACAAUGCAUAAUAUAUAAUAUUAUGAUUUGUUAUUAUUAUUAAGAUAAAUAUUUUUAUGGACCAACCAACUCGGUGUUACACUCAGAAUCUAAAUCUUGCACUUUACAAACAAUUAUUUUAACCUAUUUUAUUUAGAAAUGUAUACAAUUAAAAUUCUCUAAAUACACAUAUUAUACAAUAAGGGUUAUUCAUUUCAAAAGUUUUUUUUUUUUUUACUAUGACUUAAUGAAGCCUUAAUCCAGUGGUGUUAUUUUGGCUUGUAUUUAAGAAUAUAGAAGAUAUUAUGUAGCAUUUUGGAUUACAUUUUGUAUUGUUUAUACAUACGAUGAUGAUGUUACAUACCAUAUAUUUUGGUUAUAAUUUUAUUAAAAUAUUAUGCAAAUGAUAAUAAAGUCGUCACCUGAUGAGUUGUAACUUGUUUGUAAUCACGUAAUCAUAUUAUUGGCAACUAAAAUUAAAUUGUACUAAAUUGAUAGUAUUCAAACAAUUGAACUAAAUCCCAAAUUGUAGUGUCUAUAGUUAGACUACUUAAUCAAUUACUUUAAUUAAUAUAAUAUUAAACAUUCA